CCAAAGAAAGGAGACAACCGAGGAGAGGGACGUCCGCCUUGAUCGUGAGGAGGAUGCACGGUUGCAGUCUAUGCGGAGGUGGGCGGGUGGAGAGGCAUACGAGGCCGAGCAGCGCAGGUUGAGGGAGUUGGACACCGGCGCAGUACAGACCGAUGGUGGUUCCCAGAUGUACAGUGGUAGACCGGCCGUUGGUGUGGCGAGCGAGCGUGCCGCGGAGGGGGAGCAUGCACCCGAGAGCGGGAGCGGCCACGAUGACGGCGAUCAGGAUGCAGGAGCUGAUUGCUCGGACGGCGGCGACGGGAGAGAGGCUCCAGACCAGGACAUCAUCGACAGAGUGAUCGUUGGCCUUUGCGCUGCACACAUGGAGGGUGGGACGCAGAGAGCCCAUGAUACUUUGCACGUGGGGGAUGCCAUUAUGGAGGAGGAGGUAGGGUUGCACACCGACCAUCAGGGCAGUGACACUGGUGCAAGACGCUGUCCUGUCAUGGAGGGUGGGGUUCACGUUCACGAGGAGGCACGGUUGUCCCCAUCGUGGGACGCAGCGGGAGACAUGUCCCUUGCGUUGAUUGUGAGGCCAAGGUCAUCGUUUUACGCUGAUGACGAUCACCCGGGUCGCCGGUUGGACAAGAGGCUAGGGGAGGGACAAGGGAUAUUUGCCCGAGGUUCGUCAGCGGGGGCAAAUGUGGGGGACGAGGGCGUUGCAGACGUGGGACGAUCCAGUGUGCACACGACAACACGUAUCCUGGGAUUGUCGAAUAGACAAACGAGGAGGCAGGUGGUAUUCCCGGCCCCAGGUGCUGUUGAGGAUAGACGUCGAGGAUUGCCUUACACGUCGGGCGAGGAGGGCGAUUUACGUAUCCCAGCAGGGGUGCGACGUUACGGAUCCAUCAGUGGCCUAGAGGCUCAGAUUGCUGCCGAGCGACAACAUUUGGACGAGUUGGUUCAAGAGCAGGAUAGGGUUGCCGAGUCGGAGACGCACGGGGACGAGGCGGACACGGAGACAGAGUCCAUCGACGUUGUUGCGCGGAGGUACAGAGCCAGGAGAGCAGCGGCUGUUGCAGCCGCGCCUGCCGCAGCAGGGGAUCCGCAUACGGAGCCUCGACACAUAGAGAGAGCGGCACAUGGGGGGGGACAGAGUGCACCUUCCGGGAGCAGAUUAGGGGCAGCUCGUCACGGGACUCGAGGGAGGCGCAGUAGGAGGAGUUAGAUACUUGUAGAUUACAUCACCUUGGUUGUUUUUAACUUAUUACUUUUUCUGUUAUUUUAUAUGAGGUUGGCACUUUAGUAUU